UCAACCUAGUUCACAGGAAGGGCAGAACCAAAGUCUGCCCCCAUCCAGGCUGUGGCAAAAAGUUUUACCUGUCCAACCACCUGCAUCGUCACAUGAUCAUCCACUCAGGGGUGAGGGAUUUCAUCUGUGAGACGUGUGGGAAAUCGUUCAAGAGGAAGAAUCAUCUGGAGGUUCACAGACGGACGCACACGGGAGAAACGCCGCUGCAGUGUGAAAUCUGCGGCUACCAGUGUCGCCAGCGGGCGUCGCUGAACUGGCACAUGAAGAAACACACGUCUGAGGCGCACUACAACUUCACCUGCGACUUCUGCGACAAACGCUUCGAGAAGCUGGACAGCGUCAAGUUCCACAAGCUGAAGAGUCACCCGGACAAGCAGACCACCUGAGGCUCACUGCAGAGCUGACGAAGACACCGACGAAAGGCUUCCAGUAGAGGGAGCUGUUGUUGUUUCAUCACCUCCAGGAAGUCAAGGAUUGACCUGGAGAAACGCCAAAUAAUGUCUCAUCGACACGACCUGCCACAAACCUCCGCUCUUUUUUUUUUUUUUGUUUUUCUUGACGUCAUUCAGAUCGGAGCGUCUGUUGUGUGGGCCCGAGGGCGGAGUUCUACGUCCGUCCCGGUGGUUCUGACUCACCCCGG